CAGCAAGUGGCCCCCGUGCCCAAAAUAAAAUCAGAAAACAACCGGCCAUGGCCGCCGCCGCCGCCGCCCUCCUCCUCCCUCCAAAACCCAUUCUGCCACCAGUUCCCUUAUCUCCCGCCACACUCCCCUUCCCAAAGACCCACCGCCACUUCCACCGCCACAGAUCUUUUCCUAAGAUACCCUUCUCCUCCAGCACCCCAUCGGAAACAGAGUGCCCUGUCCCUGCUGACCAGCAGCCGGUGAACGAGUACCAGUCCCUUUCCACGUCCUUCCCCUUCUCUUGGGCCGCCGGCGACCUUGUCGAGUUCUCUUCUCGCUUGUUCGUCACUGGUGCUUCCUUUGCCCUCUUUGUCGGCUUGCCCGUGUCCUGGUUCGGCUCGGCUGGCUCCCAAUCCGAGCCGCUGAAGCCGGCCUUGGCAGCCGUCUCUAGUGGGGUCUUCGUCGUCACUCUCGCCGUUGUGAGGAUGUAUUUGGGUUGGGCUUACGUCGGUAACCGUUUGCUCAGUGCCACUGUUGAAUAUGAAGAGACUGGAUGGUAUGAUGGUGAGAUAUGGGUGAAGACUGCUGAAGUUCUGGCACGCGACCGGCUCUUAGGUUCAUUUUCUGUGAAGCCCGUAUUGAGCAGAUUAAAGAACACCCUCAUCGGUCUAGCAGUGUCGUUAAUUGUAUGUGUCGCCCUCCUCAUUAAUCUUGAAGACAGCCAAAAGGAUAGUUACAUAUCGUCUGGAGAAGCUGGAGUCAGAGCCGUACCAGGAGUUUACAACGACGAGUCUGCAAGAUCAUUUGAACCAGACGCGUUUUGUGGGGAACCUGAUCUUGAGUAAAUCUCAAUCCUUAACGUCUCUGUUAUGUUUUAGACUUUAGUGAUGCAUUCACAUUCACUACUUUUCUGUACAGCUUUAUAUAAUUUUUGCCACUGUUUAUAUGCACACUUCAUAUUUGUUAUGAAUUGGAUCAAAAUAAUAUCAAUUGGAA